AUGAGCAAGACCAUUGCUGUUGUCGGUGCCACUGGCGCACAAGGUGGUAGUGUAGCUCGCGCGUUCCUUAAGCUCGAUGGCUGGAAAGUUCGCGCCAUCACACGCAACACAGGCAGCGAUAAUGCAAAGAAGCUCGCGUCUGAAGGCGCCGAAGUAGUUUCUGCCAACGCCGAUGAUGAAGCUUCUCUACUCAAGGCUUUCGAGGGCAUAAACGUCGUCUUUGCGGUCACAAAUUUUUGGGAGCAUUUGUUCACGGGCUCCUCUCCAGACGAAUCCGGUGUGAAGGAGGCCGAGCAAGCCAAGAAGCUCGCUCGCGCCGCCUCUCAGACAUCCUCCCUUGAGCACUACGUCUGGUCGACGCUUCCCAGCGCAAAGGCCCUAACCAAUGGCAAAUUCCCUGUACCGCAUCUUGACUACAAGGCUGAGGUCGACGACUGGAUCCGAAGCGAUCUACCGGACCUUCACGCGAAGACCACAUACCUCAUACUCGGUUUCUACCCUAACAACUUUGCCAACUUCCCCAACGUGAAGCCCUUUGAGAUUCCCGGCUCCUGGGGUAAAUGGGUCCAAAUCCUACCCACGUCCGCCUCAGCCGUCAUCCCUGUGUCAGGCGAUAUCAAUAUCACACCUGGUCUCUAUACUCGCCAGAUCGUUGCUAAACCCGAACUCACCAAGGGCAAAUACGUCGACAUCUCCCCCGAGAUCCUCACUUUCGGCGAGAUGCUCAAGCAAUACGGCGAAGUCACUGGCCGCCAGACGGCCUACAUCCAGGUCAGCGCCGAGGACUUUACCAGCGUGUGGGGCGUUGGUGGAAAGGAGAUGGCCGACCAGUUUGCGUUUGGUGAACAGUUCAAGGAUGGGUGGGGCUCUGCGAGCUCGAUUACCAAGGAGGACUUGGGCAUCAAAGAUGACGAGUGGCCGAGUUUCAAGCAGACUUUGGAGAGUAUGAAGGAUCAAUUGUGA